AUGGAUUCUGAAGGCAAAGAUGCAAAUGCUCCUCCAUCCUAUCAGGAAGCAACACAAUUACCAACAACAAACCCUAUCAACCCUCCUUAUCCUCAAACAAAUCCCAAUCCUAUGCCACAUCCACCACCUCAAAUGUAUGCACAACAGCCCCAAACAGUCAUCAUACAGCCUAGUCAUCAAGCAACAGUUGGACAAAGUAUUGUAAUAGUGCAUGAAAUCAAAGUCGCACCAUCAUUCGAUCCAUAUUUGGAAAAUUGUCAAUAUUGUCAUGCCCAGAUGAUUACAAGAAGAAGAUUCGUGAUGGGAUCAAUGGCAUGCCUUUUCCUAUUUUUGUCGAUUAUCUUCUUCCCAUUCAUUUUCUUUAUUUGCUGUACUUCAUUCCAAGAUGCUCAUCAUUAUUGUUCAAACUGUAACAGACUAAUUGCUGUUCGAAGACGAUAA